AUGAGCGAUCCAGGGCCAGAGACAAGUCAGAAGCUGAGCAUCAGAGGCAAAAAAGCUUGCUUGAACUGUAGAAUUCGAAAGGUCAAAUGUGUCCUUGAAGACAAUAGCCCGCCUUGCAAGAAUUGUCGGCUUGAUGGAGCAGUCUGCAAUUUUAUCGAGAGUAAGCGAGGCAAACGAGGCCGGCGAGCUCGUACGCAUCACAAAGUCAAAGACUUUGUGAAUGAACAACCGAUCAAACGCAGGGUAAUCGGUCCAAAUCCGAAGUCGACCUUGGUGGAAUGGAGACCACCCGAGAUUAAACAUACUGAAGACUGGCUUGUCAACUCAGAAUCAGUUCCGGUUCCUGUGCAGGUGGUGGAUUGUGUCAUUCCCGAACAAUUCAGUCAAGAUUUCACACAGUUUCAACAGGACCUUGACGAAGACGCCUCUAACCAUCAAUAUGACUCUGGAGAGAGCGGCGCGGAAAUAAGCAGCACCAGUUCAAGAUGGAGGACUCCCCCUAUCUUGCCAGAAUUCAUGCACCGACAGUUGUCUUAUGCACCUCUGAUACAGCAUUACACCAACACCAACACUCACACUCACAUCAAUGACCCUCUUGCGACGCUGGAAAUGGAACUAGAAACCGAUCAUGAACCGCACAAGGGCCACGGUUCAUCAACGACAACAAUCAUGGCGACGCCAAUGAUGGCCGUACCACCCACCGCCGCAACCAAGUCGGUGAGUGAUUCGACGACCACGCCCAAAUCUAGCAGAGGUUUGUCUGCCUUGAACAACGACUUGCUCCACAGCCUGGGAUCGGAAGAUUUUAGAUUUCUCGUCAGGAAAGGGGCGAUGAAGAUUCCAGAUCGACAAGCAAUGACCCAACUAAUUCGAGCAUACAUCAUGUAUGUUCAUCCUUGGUUGCCCGGUUUGGAUCUUCGCUUCUUGUCCAUGUGUGUCUCAGAUUGCGACACAGGCGCCGAUGAGAGCCAGCAACCGCCAUCGCCCACGCCAUGCAGGAUCAGCAUCUUGUUACUGCAAGCAGUCCUUUUUGCAGGUGCGUCUGCAUGCGACUGGUCUGUCCUAGCAAGCCUUGGGUACAGUUCGCGAAGAGAAGCUCGAAGAGCCAUGUAUGAGCGAGUUCGUCUUCUUUACAAUUUCGAUGUAGAACAGGACCGCGUCGUGGUCCUCCAAGCAGUUUUAUUAAUGUCAAUAUGGUCAGAGACAGCCGACGAUGAAAAGGGCGGAUGGCAUUGGCUUGGUGUUGCCCAGUCUAUUGCCCUCGGGCUCGGACUGCACCGCAAUCCACGCGAUGAGUCAACCAGUCUUGACACGCGGCGGCUGAGACGCCGGCUCUGGUGGUCGCUAUACAUUCGUGAUCGAAUGUUUGUGUUGGCCAUGAGUCGGCCUGCACGACUACGCGACGAAGACUUUGAUACCGCACCCUUGACCAUGGAUGAUUUCGACCUGGGCGAAUCGUCACCUGGAACCAAGGCAGACGCUGCAGUGAGCAAUUUGAUGUCCGCAUGCGGAGUGUGUCUGCAAGAUCAGAUUGAGGCAUACAAAACCACCGUCAUGCUGGCCGAACUGAGCACAUUCAUCAGUGAGGUGGUCUCGUUACAAUUUUCUGCCGUUAGUUCGGCCUCUCACAAGCACCAGAGUCAGUCGGCGGCCAAGACAAACACUCCUCUCCUGCUGCCGUGGCCGAGGGGGCCUCAUGGCCUGGGCCCGCAAGUGUGGGCGCUUGAUCAGAGGCUCCAGGAUUGGUAUCGCCGCAACGACUUGGGCGACGUGGGUAAUGAGCGCUCAUGUGGUGGUACGCGCUCCACAAGCUCUCCAGCCUCAAAAUCGGGCUCACCUUCGUUUGAAGAUGGUGGGUUGCCUCCCAAUGUUACAGUGUUGCGUGGCUACAUCCGCAUGACAUUCUACUCCGUCAGUGCCGCCCUUCACCGGCCUCAACUGCAAUAUGGCCAACAGGAGAAGAUCCCAAGUAAUGCCAACGGGAGCACCAGCACUCAGUUCCAAAAGGCUCAAAGCAACCGGUCGAAAUAUAAGGUCCAAGCCGCUUGCGAUGAGAUAGCCUUGGUGACUCAUCAGUUGGAAAUGUCAGGAAUCAUUUGCUUUGGACCCAUGGCAAUCAUCAUGUAUCAGAUUCCAACGGUGUUGUUUUUCCUCUCCCAGAUAAAUGAUACGGACGAUUCCGGCGCCCGGCAGGAUGCGACGGAAAAAAUCUGCCAUUGUCUGCAGGGGCUUGAAAGCAUGCGAUCGGUUUAUAUAGGCGCUGAAAUCGCGGCCUCGAUUAUUUGCCAUGGCAUGCAAAAGGCACAAGCGUCGGUAAUCCGAGGCAAGAAUGCGACGUUUCAAGGAAUCACUCAUAAGGGGGCCUCUUAUAUCAUUCCUACAGCCACCGAACCGGACAAUUCGCGCCAGCACAAUGCACCAGAUAUGUCCAUGCCGCCAACACUAUCAUCUGGCUCUGACGUCGAGUCUGGGGUUUGCGACCUGUCCACGUCGCUACUAGGAACAUCCUUACUGGAAGGGGACCCUUUCUGGGAUUUAUCAUGGUACUAUAAUGACGAUGCAGCCAUGAAUCCAUCGUUCUACGCUUCCACCUCGGAUGAGUGGUCAAAGCAGUAUUGUAGCCUUAAACCUUGA